ACCAAAACAUCAAUUACUUGCUUGAUUAGUUUUUCUGAAAUACUCUCUAUUAUUAUUAUUAUUAAGUCUUUCAAAUUCAAAAAUUUAUAAUGUCUGGUUGUGGUUCUAACUGUGGUUGCGGUUCUAGCUGCAGCUGCGGCAACGGUGGAGGGUGCAGCAUGUACCCUGAUUUGGAGAAGUCCACUAACCUUACCAUCAUCGAGGGAGUUGCACCUAUGAACAACAAAGCAAUGGCUGAAGGAUCAAUUGAGAAAGCAACAGAAGGAGGAAAUGGGUGCAAGUGUGGAUCAAGCUGCAACUGUGACCCUUGCAACUGUUGAAGUGCUUUCACUAUAUGGACAUGAAAAUAAAUAAAUUGUGUUUUUAUGUAUUUAUUAUCAAGUGUGUUAUGUAAUAUUGUGUUGUAUAAUAAUUUGAAUAAGACUAUAGUCAUGUAAUUAAUAGUGUGGGAUGAUACUAUACUCUCAUGGCUUUUGUGUUUUGGUUAUUUAAUUUGAUGUUUGUUUGAAGGAGGCUUAUUAUCUUAGCUAUAACAUAAACCUUAUUGAUGUGCAA